AGCAGACGGACAGGGCGUCGACGAACCACGGCCGUGAUCAACACAAACGAAAUUCCGUCACCCAACAGCGAAACAUUGCAUUGCCCGCUUUGGGAAGCGUGGCGCAGUCGGGCUUGCUCGCUGAAUUCGUGUGUUGCUGUUUGUGUCUGGCUCUCUUCUCGAUGUCAAAGAAAAUGAGCGAGCCAGGGGCGGUUCUGGCGUCUACCGUAACUCCAGUCGCAGCCCUCGGGUUUGUCCCAGUGGCCAUUCAUUUCAAUUUCUUCCCCUUGCUCAACCAGAUUGGGCCAAUUGCAACAGCCGAAGAGCUGACCAAAGCCUCCGACGCUGAAAGGAGCGAUGAGGACAAACAGCUCUCGCCGCUAUGUUUGCGGUUAACAGAGGACACCAUGUUCGCGAUGGCCGGCCUGGGUCUGGUAGACCUGGUCGAUGAUAGAACAUUUCAGGUCAACCCUCUCACUGCUCACAUGGUGGCAGUGCCAUCCUCUCUCCACGGCAUGUUGCAUUUCACCACAGAGCCCCUUUGGUCAGCAGCUUUCUUGAUGAGACAACUUCGAGACACAAAUUUCGAGUACCCAUUCCAGGAAAACAAAACACCCACGCAGUAUGGAUACAAAAUGAUUGGCGAGGAGAGAUUUGUCAACGAGCACACCUAUUCCAUAAUGCACAUGCAAGGACGUAUGCCGAGUUUUUCAUCCUUCAUGGAGGGCAAAUUUGGCCGCUUUGGCUCCAUGCCAGACCGGGUGAAAUCUUUUGGGUAUGAUCUAGGCUCUGUUUUGAAGAACAAGGCCAACGACAUCGCUGUCGUCGACAUCGGAGGCGGCCGAGGAGAGAUGCUUCUAGAAGUGAAGGAGGCGUACCCGCACCUGAAGAGAGAGAAUCUUGUUUUGCAAGAAUAUCAACCCGAUCCAACGAACGCUGACCAACUGACGAUUCAACACUGGGACUUCAAGGAUGAAUCUCCCGAGUCCAUCAAAGGGGCUCUGUUGUACAGCCUGACACACAUCUACCACAAUUUGUCAGACCUCGAGGCGUUGCGGCUGAUGAAGAAAGUUUCAGAUGCGAUGGCGCCCUACUCGCGCAUGCUGAUCCACGAGUUCGCAAAGAAUUCCACCUAUGGGAAGAUGCACGCCACCAUGAUUCAACUGUACGCCGGGAGAAUCAGGAGCAGCCGCGAGUGGAAGCAGAUGGCCGCAUUAGUGGGCUUGGAAGUAACUUUCGAGGCAUAUCCCGUCGCUGGGGAGGGCCUUGUCGAGAUGAGAAAGCUGGGAUCGUCCGACGCGGCAGCCUAG